CAUUCCUCUUGAAGCUUUUCAGCCAAUCGAGAAAAUUAGUAAUGGCAGAAGAUAACCAUGCAAUUGGGAUUGAUCUGGGGACAACUUAUUCGUGUGUGGCAACGUGGCAGGCUGAUCAUGUAGAAAUCCUGGUGAACCAUCACGGUAACAGGACAACUCGUUCUUAUGUUACAUUCACUGACAGUAAGAGGUUGGUAGGUGAUGAAGCAUUUAACCAAGCCGGGAGAUUCCCCACCAACUCAAUCUUUGAUGCGAAGCGGUUAAUUGGUAGGAGAUUUAGUGACGAAACUGUUCAAAAUGAUACCAGGCGCUGGCCAUUCAAGGUCAUUGAAGGUCCGGCUGACAAGCCCAUGAUUGUGGUUAACCACAAGGGCCAAGAGAAACAGUUUGCUGCUGAAGAUAUCUCAUCAAUGGUUCUGGCAAAAAUGCGGGAGAUUGCGGAGGCCUUCCAUUGCUCAAAGAUUAGUGAGAAAAAUGCAGUUAUCACUGUCCCCUCUUACUUCAACGACUCUCAGCGCCAGGCUACAUUAAAAGCUGGUAAAUUAGCCGGCUUAAAUGUGCUGCGUAUUAUCAACGAACCAACUGCUGCAGCCAUAGCUUAUGGCAUCGACAAGAAAGCCGGUUGGUUUAGGAAGAGAAACGUGAUGAUAUUUGAUUGGGGUGGUGGUACAUUGGAUGUGUCGCUACUAACCAUAGGCCAUGGUGUCUUUGACGUGAAGGCGACUGCCGGAGACACUCACCUUGGAGGUGAAGACUUGGAUAACAGAAUGGUAGAUUACUGCGUCGACGAAUUCAAGACAAAAAAUAAGGUGGACAUUUGUGGAGACCCCAAAGCUCUUCGGAAGGCCAAAACCGCGUGUGAGAAAGCAAAGAAGGCACUUUCAUUUUGCUUUGACAUUGAUAUUGAAAUCGACUCUUGGUAUAACGGUGAAGAUUUUAAUACAACUUUCACCCGGGACAAAUUCGAAGAACGGAACAUGGAUAUCUUCAACAAGUGCAUGGUGAUUGUGAAAAGGUGUUUGGAGGAUGCCAAAAUGGACAUAAGCGACGUCGAUGACGUUGUUCUUGUUGGUGGUUCUUCUAGAAUCCCCAAGGUGCAAGAGCUAUUGCAGAAGUUUUUCAUGGGCAAGGAGUUGUGCAAGAGCAUUAAUCCCGAUGAGGCCGUGGCUUAUGGAGCCGCUGUUCAAGCUGCAGUCUUGAGUGGGAACGUGACGGGGAAGCUUCAAGACUUCACACUCUUGGAUGUCAUCCCAAUGUCACUUGGGACGGAAUGUGGUCAUGAACACCAUAUGGCCGUCAUGAUCCCAAGAAACACCAAAAUUCCCACAAAGAAGCACCAAAUUUUCGUUACAACUUGUGACAACCAAAGGGCCGUCCUCUGUGGAGUUUUCGAGGGAGAGAAUGAGUUCACCAGAGAUAAUAAUUACUUGGGUGGAUUUACCAUGGAUGGCAUUCCUCCAGCCCCUAAGGGAGUUGGUAAAGUAGAUGUUUGCUUUUCUAUCGAUGCAAAUGGAAUUCUGAAUGUUUCCGCUGAGGUCAUAUCCACCGGCCAAAAGAGAGCCAUUACAAUCAACAGUGACAGAUGAACUUGCGGAAUUAACAGAUAAAUUUUUAACUAAUUAAUGCGCAGGUUGUGUUGUUUUGGAUGAGUGAUGCUGUAGGCUGGUCCGUCUACCGUUGCGUGGAUUUUAUUCUUGUUUUCAAUAAGAGAAGAGAAGUGCUUGCUUAAUUACUGUAACUAUGUAAGUAAUAAAUUAUAUAUGUUUUAUUUGA